CGAGUUAAUCGCAAGAUGAACGAUGCCUAGGAAGGAUUUUAUUCUUGUACCGUGGCAUAAUGUUUGUAGAGACAAAGAGACUGAUAAAAAGGUUUGAGGGGAGAUUUUAAACAGAGUUUAGCCUACGGAGAACAUAUUCAGAGAGUGGGAAAAGCUUAUCCAAAUUGUAAUAUGAAGAGACCUUUUGAGUCGCCUGUAAAGGAACGUUAUGCUUCGGGAUGUGAUGAAUCGGCACAAAGGACUUUUGAAAAUCUGGCGUGGUGCAAGAGCUGAGGGAUGGUAGCCUAUCGUCAUAGCAAAGGGUUCUACGCCUCAGCUGUCUUUAGAAAACCUCCUGUCAUCGCCCCCUAGUGUGUGAUCUGGAGAAGUGUCCUGCAAUGGAGAAUAGCUUCGAGCCAGGCAUGGACUGGGAGAUCGUGACCCACUACAACCACUCGGGCAAGUGGAACAGGCCGCGCAGCGUGGGGAUCUGCAAGAUGGCCGUCCUGAUCCUGAUCUGCGCCCUGAUCGUCCUGGAGAACGUGACGGUGCUGCUGGCGCUGUGGCGCAACAAGCGCUUCCACAGCCGCAUGUACUUCCUCAUCGGCAACCUGGCGCUGUCCGACAUGCUGGCGGGCCUGGCGUACGCCGUCAACAUCUUCACCUCGGGCCGCAACACCUUCUUCCUGAAGCCCUGGCAGUGGCUGGCGCGGGAGGGCAGCAUGUUCGUGGCCCUGAGCGCCUCCACCUUCAGCCUGCUGGCCAUCGGCAUCGAGCGCCACAUGACCAUGGUGCGCCUGCGUCCGUGCGAGGCGGCCGGCCGCGGGCGUCUCCUGGGCCUGCUGGCCGCCUGCUGGCUGGUGUCGGUGCUGCUGAGCGCCCUGCCCAGCCUGGGCUGGAACUGCCGCGGGCACCUGGGCGCCUGCUCCACCGUCCUGCCGCUCUACGCCAAGAGCUACGUGGCCUUCUGCAUCAGCGUCUUCAGCGUCCUGCUGCUGGCCAUCGUCAUCCUCUACAUCCGCAUCUACCGGCUGGUGACGUCCAGCGGGCGGCGGGUGAGCGGGCGGCCGUCCGAGCGGGCGCUGUCUCUCCUGCGGACGGUGGUGAUCGUGCUGGGCGUCUUCGUGGUGUGCUGGACGCCGCUGUUCUCGCUGCUGCUGGUGGACGUGGGCUGCUCGCCGCAUCGCUGCCCGCUGCUCUACGAGGUGGACUGGUUCAUCGCGCUGGCCGUGCUCAACUCGGCGCUCAACCCGCUCAUCUACACGCUGUCCAGCCGGGAGAUGCGCGCCGCCUUCUUCCGCCUGAUCUGCUGCUGCGGCUGCCAGUCGUCGCUCGAGCCGCCGCCGGCCACCGUGCCAGGGCUCAACGCCCCCGGCACGCCCAUCCCCACCAUGGAGAACAGCAAGUCCAGCAUCGGGCCGGCCAAGUCCACGCUCCUCAGAGGCAAGGUCCCCACGCCCCAGAACUCGCACCAUCAGCCACCGGACCCUCUGCCCUCUGGCACUCCCGCGCGCACCGGAAAGAGUGACCUUCUCUCUGUGGUCCUUGUCAAAGCUGGCGCCUUGCCCUCUCUGGGAAAAUUAUGACUCCAAGGUCAGCAGACUCUCAAUGUUACGUGACUUGUUAUGGUACCUGUGAUUCCACAGCGUUGGGUGGGACAGAGGAGGACAGUCAAGUAUCUUGAUCCUGUGGAGAUUUUGAUGUGAAUCACGGAGGUGUGGAUGAUUCUGGGACUUAGACGUCAUGGAAGAUCAGUGCUAUCUUUCUACCAGAGAGAAGAGAUGUGACUUGGGAUGCUCAACCACAAUAAGGACUGGACUCAAAUAAGAGCUGGGCUCAGGGUACUGUUCUGAACGACUUGGAAGGGUACAGACUUGAAUUCAGCUCAACUCAGUAUGUAGCCACUAUGUUUGUGCACACCGUUAACUACCAGCAUUUGGUAGGAACUGAGGAACUAACUCACAGCACUAGACUGAACACGCACUGAACUGUUUUCAGACGGAAGGACUUCUGGAGUUCAUUGCGUCGCCAAAAUGCAUCUGAAUACAAGACUUCAAAUCAAAGACCAAGCAUGAGGCAUUUGAAGAACAGACAAUGUUGACUCUCGCAUCAAACACUUGAAUAAUAAUUAUUCUAAGCUCUGGAGUAUUCCACAGAUUUCUGAUUAAUUUUGACUUCAAAUCUCUGAUAGGCCAGACAUCGAUUAUGUCUGGUCCCAGACUAAAAGCUCUCUUUUUAGUGGAGAUCUAAAUUGAAGGUCUCUUUUAGUCCAGGACCAGGCUUUGUCUUUGUACUAGAAACUGUUUUGUGUGAGCAGUUAAGCCUUUACCACGAGUUUGUACAUCUUUGAGCAUACAACACAGCCUUGGUUACAGAGUUGGUGUAAAUUCAGUGUGUUUUGGUCUCCAGGGUUGACUACAGAUGCACCUUGAAACAAAAUGUACACAAUUAGAGGAGCAUUCAAUGCAUGUAUUUGCCUUACCUAUACCACAGCAUAUUUAUUUUACCAGAGGAUAAAAACUGUCAGUAUUAUUCAAAUAUUUUAAUCCACUAUAAUGGUACAGCAAACUUUAGUAACUUGUUUCUGAGACGAUUGUGAGACAAAUAAGGAGACUCUAGAGGUAUUCAUACUCUUUUCACAUACUGGACUCUAAUUUAAAUGAGACGCAAAGUGCAAAGUCUAAAUAAAGUUAAGCUUAGCUUAAGCCUAAAGAUAGCUUUAGGUCAGACACAAGACACUUUGGUUGUUAACCUUUGACGAUGCACUAUGCCCAUGACUUAAAUUAGAGCCCCCUGUCUCACUGUUGGUUUGCUCCCACUCUUUGCACGUUCUGUCUAUAGGGUCACAUCGUACAAAAUGACUUUAGAGAAUUGGGAAACGUUAAUUAGGUUGAACAUCAAGAGUGUUCAUGUUGAAAUGACUGAAAUAUGAAUUGUGAAGUAUAGUGUAACCUGUAGAGUGUCAUUCAGACAAGGGCAAGUGCCUGAAAACAGAUCGCAAUAAUGGUCACAAGAGAAAUAAAACUCGAAUCUUCUGUCCAAUGGCUGAUAUGCUGUAGUGUUUUUGUUUUGGAACACUUCUUUGUAUACUUAGAUAACAUAUGAUAUGAUUACGGGCUUU